ACUCGUAGUAAGCAAAACAAAGACCAUAUAUCUGCAAAUCCGAUUAUCUGCUCUCUCUCUCUCUCUCUCUCUCUCUGUGUAUAUAAGCAACCCCCUGAAUCGCGAGCCGCAUCUCUUCUCUUCUCCCGGUCCAUCUCUUGUUCGAAUUAAGCUAGUAGUAUUACCGGUGUGAUUAACAAAGGAGUGGAGGGGCUUAACAAGCGGGGCAUGAGCCGUAUGGGCAGCAACGGCGGUGGCAAGCUGGCGAGCUGGCUGUGGCGCGCGCCGCGGCGGGCUCUGGUCCGGGCGCGCGACCUCUACGUGCGGAGCCUCACCAGCUGCGCGGGCCAAUUCCCAUCCGACGCCUCCUUCGGCUACCCGUCCUUCGCCGCCGCGCCUGCGCCGUGCAGCAGGGCCGCCGGCUACCACAGCUUCUCCGCCUCCCCCUCAUCCUCCUCGCGGUCCUACGGCGGCGACGGCGACCUGCGGGAGCUUAUGCGCGCCGCGUCGGAGAGGCGGGCGGCCCCGGAGCGCCCGCCGGCCGUGCCCAGGAGCCGGAGCGUGGCCAUGGCGAAGAUCGACGAGGACGGGCCGUGCGAGUUUGGUCUCGCCGGCGACGGCGUGGCGUUUGCCAGGAGCCGGAGCUGCGCCGUCUCCGCCGGCCGGGCCAGUGGGCAGAGGGGGAGGGCCGCCCAUGUGCCUGUGUCUUGAUCGAUUGUUGCACUGGGAAGCUUGCCUCGCGUCCAGCCUUCCUCUGUUUUUCCCCUUCGACUUCGAGUGUGCAGAAAUCUGCAAUCGUGCUGUAAAUCUAGUUAAGAAAGCUUUGUAGAGUAUGCCUUGUGCUCUGUUAAUCCUUCUCGCACCAUUCUGUUCUGUCUGGAAAUUAUUCUGGCGCAUUCGCUUGUAGUAAUAUCUUCCGCGCAGCAGUCGCAUGAUAUGCGAUGUCCCCCUUUUCUUCUCUGUCCUUAUCUUCGAUCAUGUUUACUCUCUGCCACGGCCCAUCCGGAUCCUUGCACAGUUGCAUCUAACUCAUCUAAAGGUACUAAUUAAAACUAGUUUUCCUACUACAUUUAUUGUCAAUCUAACCCUGUUAUUCAAACACCUCUUCGAUUGAAAAAAAAUUGAA